UAAUAAUCGAAAAUAAAAAAAUAAAAAAAUAAAAAACGGUAGCCACACAUUUAGCAUAUAUACCGCCGAAUUUUUUCUUGUCCUAAAGAAUCUAACACAGUUGGCAUUUAAUUUUUUUCAAAAUGGAAGCUUUGGGUCUUCUGAGAAUUAGGGUUCGCAGAGGAAUCAAUCUCGGUGUGCGUGAUAAUAGGUCCAGUGAUACUUACGUCGUCGUCGAAUGCGGAUCUCAGAAGGUGAAGACUAAAGUAAUGGAAAACAACUGCAACCCUAUUUGGAACGAAGAGUUGACUAUUUAUAUCAAUGAUCUAAAAGUCCCCAUCAUUCUGUGUGUGUAUGAUGAAGACACAUUUACGAAAGAUGAUAAAAUGGGAGAUGCUGAAAUAGACAUUAAACCUUAUGUAAAAUGUCUGAAGAAGAAGGGAUACGAGGGUGUUUCGGACGGAACCAAAGUCGAAAGAAUCGAGCCGAGUUCCGAUAACAGUCUUGCUCGCGAGAGCUUUAUCGUGUGCAACAAAGGGAAACUUAUCCAAGAAAUGACACUUAGGCUUAAAAACGUCGAAUGUGGCGAAGUUGAGGUCGAAAUCGAAUGGCUUAAUCUUCCAGGUGGCAGUGGUCUACAUGAUUAAUUAAAGGAUUUUUUUCUCUACUUAAUUAGUAGCAAUUGCAUCAAUAAGUGCCAUCUGUGCGUGUGCGUGUGUGUGUGUGUGUGUAUGUGUGUGCGCAUGUGCGUGUGCGUGUGAGUGUUCUUCUGUAAGAUUGUUGUAACGAACUUUCGUAGUGUGAUAACAAGAUUUAACCGAAAAUUGCGCAAUCAGUGAAAGUGUCGUACGAGCUUAUCUUUA